CCCAAUUGGUAUUAUGUUGAGCUCAAAAUUAAGAGGCACUUGUAGAAAAUGCCCUGGCUUUUAGCCUCUUCUAUAAAUAACUCUUCCCCUGUUUCACAAUCCUUAGUUCCUUACCCUCCAACUUUUCUCAUCAAACUUCAAAAAUAAAAACGCACAAAUGGCUAAUCUUAUCAUCCAAUUUUCAGCAACAAUCUUCCUCAUCUCUUUCCUUUCCAUCGGAGCUGCAAAGACAGCCACCAAAGACCUCGUCCUAGACGUCGAAGGGAACCCACUCGAAGUAGGCUUGUCCUACUAUGUCCGCACGGUACUUUCACAACUCGGUAUUGGGGGUGGCAUAGUCGCGGCAUCCAAACCAAACCAACCUGAAUGCCCUCAAUACGUAGCCCAAUUAGCCGUAGGCUGGUACGGCGAAUCCCCAAUUACAUUCCUACCAUCAGACCCAUCACAUAAACACAUCCACAUUUCCUCUGACCUUAAUAUAAUGUUCAACACCUCAUCCAGCGUCUGCUCGCAAGGGGCAUGGCAACUUACCCCCGACGCCAACUCCGGUAGUCUCCACUUGUCUACCGGAGGUGGUAUUGGAAACCCGAGCCCUCAGACCGCAGCCAAUUGGUUCAAGAUAGAAAACAGUAUUGCUAGUUCGGGCUUUUACCAACUCGAAUAUUGUCCGUCUAGUAGUACGAUCGAUGGGUUUGAAGCUAAGAGAGAUAUUGUAUGCGGCGCUAUUGAUGCUACUGACGCCACAGAUGACAACAGGAUGUUGUGGUUAGGUCUAGUUCCAGGAAAUCCAAAUUUCUUCCACGUUCUAAGUUUCAUUAAAGCUUAAGUGUCGCGAGGUCUUUCUUGCUCCAAUCUACAUUGCUACGAAUGUAAUCAAUCAUAUAAAUUAUAAUAAGGUUGUAUGAUGAAAAAUAAUGUAUGAUGUCUUAUUAAUAACAAGAAUUUAUCUUGGAAAUUUCUCUUCA